AUGUUCGUCCUGCGAAAUGUCAGCAAACUCAUCUUCGGCGCUGGUGGCCAAGAGUCCAUGAUCGAGCUCCCCCAGGGCCAACUCUACCUAGUCCGACCUCUCUCUCCAAAGGGCUACUCCGAGCUCAUCUUCAAGGAUGCCUCUGCUCGCAUCCGAAGAACCGGUCAGGAUUUCCAGUACCAACUAGUCGUCCAGCGCGUCUUUGAGGAAGGUGAAGCCGAGUUGCUAGCCGAGGAAGAAGGUGAGGACGCUGAAAUCGACGCUCUUGCAUCCGAUCGCGACGAGAAGACAUUCCUCCUCGACGAGGCCAUCCACUUCCGCGUCAAGAAUAGAGAGACUUCGACUGAGAAAGUCCUUUGCUGGAAGGAUCUCAGCGGUGACGCGGGCGACGUCUUCGAGUUCGUGUGCGACCCAGCCGCAGGUGGCCAGCAGAUCGAGCAAUUCGAGCUCGUGGCAAAGCAGUGCCAGUACGAACGCAAGUACCGCAAACCUUUCACAACGGCUUCCGACCAGGAUCUGCAGCAGUUCGAGUUCGACGAGCAGCCUAUACCCCAAGCGAGUCCUAUUCACAGCCCCACCCUUGGUCGUUCCAUCGACUCAGUUGAUCAGAUGUCUCUGAACAAGCGCCCAACUACUACCAAUAUUGGGGUCAAGAGGGGCAAGCAGCCAGCCGAGGAAGAACACGAGGAGACGUCUCCCAAGGCAAGAAGUACCGCUCCUCCCAAGUUCGAAGCUGCACCGGAGCCGAGUGAGCUAUUAGCUGCCGAGUCUGCGGAGCUUCACUUCUUCGACUUUCCCUCGGGCGCCUUCGUCCUGCAGGACGCCUCUGUCACUGCAACAGUCACUGAGGUUGGCAACUGGAAGUACUGGCUCAAUGUGGAGAGCAAGGACCGCAGCUGGCUUGGCAUCCCCGUCAUUGCCGACAUCAACCCUGUGUUCAACUUUGAGUUCUUAUCCUUCAUCUUCAAUCAGUUCUCUGAUGAUGGCUCUGCCUACUCGUGGCUGCUACGGUUUAAGGAUCAGACACAGCUCGAGCGUUUCCAGGAAGGGCUGCUUCGGGCUCUUUGGGAGCAGCUGAACGAGAUCAAGUGGACGAAAGUAAAGGAGACAGAGCGUGACUAUGUUACGGAUGCCUUUGCAGAUCUUGCGAUGGAGGACGCUGAAGCUCAGGAGGCUGAGCCUGAGGAAGAGGAAGAGCAUACCGAGGAGGAGGAAGAAGAGGACGAUGACGCCCCCCGGAGCGAGCACUACGACAGCGACGAGGACGAGGACGACGUCGCGGUCAAGCCAAACGACAAGGAGACAAACAAAGCCAUCGCCGUUGGCUACAAGCAUGACCGGUCAUUUGUUGUUCGGGGCUCCAAGAUCGGCGUCUUCAGGCAUACGCCCAACAAUAAGCUCGAGUUCAGCACCACCAUCUCCAAGGUCGAGACUCCUGAUGGCAAGCUCUUCACGCCCAAGAAGGUGAUGCUGCACAACGAGGACAACAAUAUGAUCUUGCAAAACGACACCGAUCCUAACAAGCUCUACCGCAUGGAUCUUGAGUACGGCAAAGUUGUCGACGAGUGGAAGAUCCAUGAUGAUAUCGACGCCAUCACGUUUGCUCCGGAGAACAAAUUCGCACAGAUGACGUCCGAGCCCACCUUCCUCGGUAUCAGCCGCAACGCCCUCUACCGAGUCGAUCCUCGACUGUCGGGCAACAAGCUCGUUGACUCACAACUGAAGCAAUAUGUCUCCAAGAACGACUUCUCGUCCGUCGCAACUACAGAGAAGGGCCACAUUGCUGUUGCCUCUAACAAGGGUGAUAUCCGACUAUUCGACCGACUCGGCAUCAACGCAAAGACGCAUAUUCCCGCCCUCGGCGAGCCCAUCAUCGGGCUUGACGUCUCUGCUGACGGUCGUUGGGUGUUGGCAACUUGCCGUACGUACCUGCUCCUCAUCGACGCGCAGCAAAAGUCUGGCAAGAAUGAGGGCAAGCUUGGCUUUGAGAAGUCCUUCGCCGCAGAUGCAAAACCACAGCCCCGCCGUCUGGCGCUGACGCCGGAGCACGUUGCCCAAUUCGCCUACGAAACCGGCAAGGGAGUGUCUUUCACCCCAGCCAAGUUCAACGCCGGCCAGAACUCGGAGGAGACUUCAAUCAUCUCGGCCACGGGCCCUUAUGUGAUCGAGUGGAACCUCAAGCGGGUCCUGAGGGGACAGAAGGCGCCGUACAUGAUCAAGCGCUAUGCGGAUACUGUCAAGGCGGAUGACUUCCGAUUUGGAAGCGACCGCAACGUCAUCUACGCGCUGCCGAACGAGGUCAACAUGCUGCAGAAGGAGAAGCUCAAGCGACCUACCCGCGAGAGUAUCGCGGGCCCGAGUACGAGACGCAGCGCUGGUGCCUAUUCCACGCCUAGGAGGGGUGGUCCUGUUGACCGGCUGAGGAAGGAGGAUAUCGUCAACUCGCCAUACUAG